UACACCGUCGGAGGAACAGGCUGUGAGGGGUGUCCGAAGGAAGCUUGAGGCAGAGAAUUCCCCCAAUGAUAGCUGUGCUUUUAAGCGCAGACGGGAUGCGCAGUUCCAUCCUUCUCCUUUUGAGAGAUCCUUCUCUGCGGUAAUUCUGCUGUUUUUCUUGAUGGAGAACAAAGCUGCACCGGAUAAUGCUGAUGAACUGAAGAAAUGGUAUCAUUCCUGGCUGUUUCUAGCAUUUGGGUUGUUUGAGGCAGUAUAUUGUAGAAACAUGGUCAGCUCAGUCUAUCUACUGAACUUACAGCUAACUUUAUAUUGCUAAUGACACAUAGCAAUAUGGAAGAAUGCCGACUGCUGAAUAACUUCCUUAGUCCCCUCCUUAUACUUCUUGCUGAAUUAGUCCUCUCUUAAUGCAUCCAUGUUGAGAAAGAGGACUCACAGAAGACCUUAUGCUUGGCUAUUCUUGGACUUAUCUGUUUGUGAUAUUCAUCUCUCUUGGUUUGAUGGUGAAAGUACUUUUACUGGAGUCUGGAUUUGCUGACUGAUGCUGGCCAUACUUUUUGGUGAUUCGGAGAAUCUGCCUUGCAGUCUCUUCUCUUUGGACUACGUGGGAGCAAGGAUAUAUUUUUGUCAUUACCUUAAGCCAAUGGCUUUGAAGUAGCUCGCAUAAGCCAACUGUGCUUCAUCCUCAUGCUGGUUGGCCACCUCUAUUGAGGUAGGCCAGCCCUCUGCUCAGAGUCUUUGUGGUUUGCUGAUAGAUUUGCUAGCUGGGACAAAUCGUUCAGGGCUGGCUUUUCUUGAAGUUAUUGGGACUUCGCUGGCAAAGGACCAUCUUUUUAGCCUGAAUCGCAGGAGAGCAAGCAAUUGUUAAUGGUAUUUACUCCAACAUUAUGAACCAGGCUAAAGACCAUUUUGAAUCCCUACAGCGAUAUCCACCCUGGUAUUUAGUCACAUAGCUAUUUCUGUUCAAGCCCUAGUAAAUCUACAGCCUACGGGUCCAUAAGAUGCUAAUUGUAAACCUAAAAUGGUGGAAAGGAGCUUACCCUACUGAUUGCUAAUCUAUUAGGAAACAGCACUGUUGUUUUCCAAGGAUAUUAUGGGAUCCAUUCUAUUUGAUUUUCUACCAUUGAACAAUGAUUUGUAGACUACGUUUUGGAUUCAGUAAGAUUAAUUUGUCUCCCUUUGCUGGGUGGAUUCAAUAUUGUUCUCAACGGAUGUAAUUGAUGUGGUACCCAAUUCCCUUACUUGGGAGAAUUAAUCCUAGUUUUCUUAUUCUUUUUUUAUUCAAGAUAGAUCAUGGUACUGGGAAGAAGACAAUUAUUUCUGACAGAUGAAACCCACAAGGAGCUGUGGCCACCUUUAUGUUGUAUUUCUCAAUAGCCAAGAUGAAGUUGGUCACAGCUGCUGCUGCUUGUUUAAGUAACAGGGCCGUUCUAUGGAUUUUAUUACGUGGAUCGAAUCUGAACUGCCCAAUGGAUCGGUGAAAGGGAACUUGUCACAGAGAGAGAGAGAGAUCAUUUAGCUUUCAUCGUGUAUAAUAUGUCCCAUGCAAUGGCUGCUAAAGAAAGGAAUUGCUUCUUAAUGAGGCCAUCCAAGAUUAAAGAAAUACUAAACCCAAAAAGGUCUUCUUGUGGCUGAGAAUUUCAUCAAAGCAACGCAACCCCUUGUCUCUGUAUUGUCAUAGCACACAAUUCUUCCCCGCCUCGCAGAUUCUUCAAGUUACAAAUAAAGGAAAUGGCCCUUCUCUGUAGCUCUCUCACCCCCUACCUAUUCGCCUGAAGAUAGGACAACUAACAGAACAACCAGGAAUCCUCAACAACCAAUGAUGACAUCCAGGAUGUUCCUUAGUCAAUUUAUUGUUCUCAUUCCCUUUUUCUUCUCUUGCUCAUACUCUACCACAUUCACCAUAACAAACAACUGCCCCCAUACAAUAUGGCCUGGCACGCUUGCGGGUGCAGGCACACCUCAACUUGGAACAACUGGAUUCCGGUUGGACUUUGGCCAAAGCGUUAAAAUUCCGACUACUCCAGGAUGGUCAGGACGAAUAUGGGCAAGGACAGGCUGCAUUUUUGAUGAGUUGGGAGUUGGCAAAUGUCAAACAGGAGACUGUGGGGGAAGGCUGGAAUGUGAUGGCAUUGGUGCCACUCCACCAACAUCCCUCUUUGAAAUAACCCUUGGAGCAGGCAAUGAGAAAGAUUUCUACGAUGUCAGCAUGGUAGAUGGCUACAAUUUGCCGCUUAUUGCUGCACCUAGUGGAGUGUAUGGAGCAUGUAACGCCACCGGCUGUGCUUCAGAUAUCAACAAUAUGGGUUGUCCAAAGGAGCUUCAGGUGGUAGGCGGAGGUGAAGAGGGAGGAGGGGUUGUUGCAUGCAAGAGUGCAUGUGAGGCAUUCAGGUUGGACGAGUACUGCUGCAGCGGAGAGUUUGCCAACCCAACGACAUGCCAGCCGUCAUUCUAUUCGACCAUUUUUAAGAGGGCUUGUCCAAGGGCUUAUAGCUAUGCUUUUGAUGAUGGCACCAGCACCUUCACCUGCAAGGCUAACGAUUAUGGCAUUGUUUUCUGCCCUGGUGUUAAUGGUAUGAGAAAAUCAGACACAACUCCAACUCGAGAGCAGAGCAAUGGAGAAGACGCGGGAAUGGUUUCUUCGUCAAGCAUACUCCUACCCCUUCCACUGCCAAUCCUCCUACUCACCUUAAACUUUUUCUUCUGAACAUACACCAUUACAUUACAGCCUUGGCAGCAUACAAGGAUUCUACAAAAGAAACUCACUCGUCCCUUUGAAAGGAAAUAUUGACUGAACCAGGCACAGGCGACUGCGAAAAGGAUCAAGAAAUUAGAAAUUUAGAACUAUAAGAUUUCUUUUGUAGAGGGAUUGAGAUCGCAUCACAUUUAAUAUGUUUACCCUUCGAUAUUCAGGUUGAGAGGGUGAUAAAGAGACGUCAGUUUAAUGGUUUAAGAAAGAAAUUAGGGAGAAAAAAAAUUAUGCAUUCCUUGUGAGUUUGAUGUAGUAGUUUUCUUGGCCAACUAACUUGUAGCAAGCAAAAGCAGAUCAAUGUAUUUUUAAAAUUGCAAGAAAUUCAUUAACCAGCCUGAAGAAAACAGAG